UUUAUCUUUAGGACGACUCGGAUAAGUACGAUGUGAUAUGCUUUGUUAAUUUAAUUUGAAUUUUCUGUGUUUUACUUAUUGUUUGUUAAUUUCGUGAGGAUUUAUCUUUUGGAAUUCAGGUUUAAAGAAGACACCCAGACAUGGCGAUGCUAUUCAUCAUGCAUGUAUUGAUCUGCACGAUCGUCAGCCAUGCACUGGGUAUGCAGACUGACGUCCGAAUGACCGAUAGACAUUCGGCCAUGAGAAAUCCACGCAAUGUUGACCGCGCUCAAAAUCUUCACAGUGACUUAGGGACUCGACAAAAACGAGCAGCCAAUCAGAGUUGUGAGUUGACUGCCAUUGGAGAAAGAUUGCUGUCAUGCGCAUCUGCCACAGCUGCUAUUACUAACUCAACUGUUGACCAACUUUCGAGUAUUUGUGGAAACGUCGAGUGUAACAUAAAAUGUUUUACGGAAGCAGUUGGGGACUGCUAUCAGACUGACCAGAACUUCUAUUUUGACCCAAGCGUGGUCAAAAUGGGGUAUAGAGCCAUGUGCGCCAACACGGAUCUUACUACUGGAAUGUUUACCCACUGUGCCUCUCAACUCUUUGAUGACCAGUGCUUUUCAGUUCUGACUACGGCCCUUACAAGCGCUGCGAUAAACUAUUUUGUUCCACAAGACUAUGCUAACUAUAAGAUAUCGUACUGCAGCGCAUUAUCUACCUAUGUUUCCUGCCUGAGCGUCCAACCUUCCGGCAGCUGCACAUCCGAAAUGGCUCAGUUUGCAAACGAUAUAAUGUUGGCAUCCGCCCAGUUUGAAGGUUGUGGAGGUCAGACGCACGCCUUCUUCACGACGUAUGAAGGCGAUAUUGAAUGUAGCGCAAGUCAUGUCGGCACAAAUAUCGUUAUAACACUUCUAGUGGCAAUGUGUAUUCGUCUUUGGGAAUAGCGAAUUCUGUACACGCGGAUGUUAUAAAUUAGUGCGUACAUGUUGCAUGAACAAACCCAAAAGCACUCUUUACAACCACAUGCUAAAUAUAAAUAAUUUGAGGUUGUGUAUAUUGACUUAUCAUUUGUUGUAAUUGUUUUUUUAAACAGAAGAUCUUUUACCGUAUGCUUAAAAAACCAGUCCUGGGUUUAUGACAACAUUUACAGAAGGACAACGUUGGGCUGUUAUAAUAGGUUCAAACGUUACCAAAACACAUUAACUUGCUCUUCAAAAAAGACAAAGUCCAUGUGAAUAUUUCCUUGUUGGUAUAAGUAAUGGAUCUAAUGUUACAAGACAUUUUCCUCGUCUAGAGUGUGUGUUAUUUCGAAUUUGACAUUUGUAGCAACUUGACUUUGACAAUGGGGCCAUCUUUUCGAAAAACGUUCUAAAACAUCGUUAGAGAAUUUAAACCUAGCGAGUGUCCGAAAUUAAGUAAAAUUCAACUUGUUGAUGUAAAAAAAUCAUAGAAUAAUAUUUCCAGCCGUGCUACUUGUUAAAAAUAAUAUUUCGUUACAGCCGAAAAUAGAAUAUUCGAAAGAGCGAUCGUACUAUACCAUCGUUGAUAAGUGGCCCCUCUAUGGAUAGUUCAAUCAUCAUCAAUUGUGCUGCUUUAUUCAUUGUUAGCGUAUAUUAUGAAUUGUGUAUACAGCUUUAAAACAAUAUUCGACGAUAUUAUUUAGUUCCAAAGUAUGUUAUUGUAUCACAUGCUUUAACUCUUACUCCAAACGAACAACAUUGAUAUAUUGAAGUAUCAUGACAUCAGACGAUAGAUGUAAGUCUGUAAUUGUGGAUUACUAUUGAUGAUAAUUUAUCAUUUUGUUAAAGAUUUUAAGAAUAACAUUUUAACAGUUGUUUGUUCAAAAUGCCAUGAAAUAAUAACUUUAUUUUGAUAUCAAUGUGAUUUGCUGUUUUGCUAUUUGUUGUAAUGUGGUGCCUCCUGUCUCUUAUUGAGUGUUUGUUCGGCUUUGAUCCUUUUGUUUUAAAUACAACAUAUAUGUAAUCUCUAUUUCUGAUCAUGCAAUGCUGUGUCUCACGUAUAGUUUCUGUUUUUGCUUUGACGCUAUGUUUAAAAUGAAAACAAAAUCUGCUUGGCUCGUUGCUGUUUUCCAAAAAGAAUGUAUGUUUAUAAUUAAGUACAAUGAAGACGUUUGUAAGAGAAAACCAGUAUUUUCUGAAGUCGAAAACGCCAGAGAAAUUUUUAGCGCCUUGAGUCCAUCUUUGAGACUGUGGCGGUUAUCAGAAGAUAUUAUCAAGGUACAAUAUAUCGCAAGGGUAAAGCAAAAAUACUAAAUGUGACUUGGAGUUCAACAACUUUUACAAUUUAAAGUUUUUCUAACAAUUUAAAGUUUUUCUAAUAUUCAUCUCCCAUUAAAACUGAAAAAACUUUAUUCACACUGUGAAAUAUAGAUAAAACCAAAGCAAAUACGAAUCCAAAAAAUGAAUUAUAAAGAAUGAUGUUUUGUUUACUUUUUUAUUUUGUAUAAUAAAUAACAAAGAGAAAUCGU